CUCGAUAUUUUCAGUGCAACCCUUAAAAAUUGUAGUUCUCUUCCUCAACUGCCUACUUCCUUCUUUUGGAUUUAGCCGUCUUGUCUAUCAAUUUGCGAAGAUGGGGGCAUACCGGUACAUGCAGGAACUGUAUAGGAAGAAACAGAGUGAUGUUAUGCGAUACUUACUUCGUAUUCGCGUGUGGCAAUACCGCCAACUAACCAAACUACAUCGUUCACCAAGACCUACUCGACCGGACAAGGCAAGGCGUUUGGGAUAUCGUGCAAAGCAAGGGUUCGUGAUUUAUAGAAUUCGUGUCCGUCGCGGUGGCCGCAAGCGUCCAGUACCUAAAGGCUGCACCUACGGUAAGCCGAAGAGUCACGGUGUAAACCAACUAAAGCCAUACCGUGGGUUACAAUCCAUUGCCGAGGAACGUGUUGGCCGACGACUUGGUGGCUUGAGAGUCUUGAACUCGUAUUGGAUUGCGCAAGAUGCUUCUUAUAAGUAUUUUGAGGUAAUUUUGAUUGACACUCAUCACAGUGCUAUUCGCCGUGAUCCAAAAAUCAACUGGAUCUGCAAACAUGUCCACAAGCAUCGCGAGUUGCGUGGCCUUACGUCAGCCGGAAAGAGCUCGCGUGGAAUAGGAAAGGGAUAUAGAUACUCCCAGACUAUCGGUGGAUCUAGGCGUGCUGCCUGGAAGCGUAAGAACCGUGAACACAUGCAUAGAAAACGAUAAAUUGUAGCCGUUUUAUUCUCGUUUAAAUAAAACAUUUUGUGCAUUAUUUACGAUAUCUACAUGCACUGUGAGAACAAUAUA